AUGAGUGCUUCGGUUGGACCUGGAGUCAAAGUUUCAGAGCUAUGCACAGAUGGGGACAGCUUACUUAAGGGUGGAGACCUGGGGAAGGCCACCUCCCUGUACAUGGCUGCCUUCAUGGCUCAUGCCUCCUCUGCAGUGUCACACAUGCGUAAACUGGACAAGUUCAGCCUGGGUCUGGUAAUCUCUACUUUAGAAAAUUGGCUGGAUAGUCAUGGUGACAAUCAGCCUUGUGAGGGUCUAAACAAAGGUCUUGCCGCUGUUUUCCUGUCCACACUCUGUCCCAACAACCUGUCAGCCACCGUUUCAAAAAUGGAAUCUCUUCUGCAGAGUGGUGGGCAUGGCUGUGAGGAGAUUUUUGUGCGUUGCACAGAUCUACUUCAACGUAAACAAAACGUACAUCCAGAAGAUUCAACUCAUGUGCUACUAGAAAUAACUCAAGCACUGGCUUGCUUUUUAUCAAAGCCUCGCAGUUCCACAGGACUGAGGCUUUACAUCAACGCUUACCAGAAAAACAAAACAGAGACUGUCAAAUUAAUACAAAGCAGACAAUCUGUCCACCUACCUAAAAUAGUGAAAGCCUUAACGGACCAUAUAAUGUGCAUACAUCCCUCUCUGUCAUUUGAUUGUAAGAAGGUGAUGACAACAAAGGAGAAUGAAAAGUUAAAUGUGAAGGACCCUUCUUCAGUUAUUGAGUUCUUAUUGGCUAUCUCACAUAAUGAUAGAGAAGUACAGGAACUUCAAGCAGCAUAUUUAUUCUUGAUUGGCAGAUUUGCAGAUAGUGCAGAGGUCUACUCUACUCUAUUACGAAAAGACACAUCAGUUCAAGAAACUCCUGAGAAGCAAGCCAGACUCUUAACUAGUCAUGCAGCUGCCUGUCUCUCAGCGGGGGGAAAGACUGCAGAAGAGUGCAGAAGUCUUGGGGAAGCAUUUGAGACCCACCCUGCCUCUGCCCGAAUUUACUUCCAAAAGCUCUUCACUGAUCACGGUACUGGGAUGGUUGCACGCAACCAUCUCCGUCAGCAGGCAGAGAAGGGUUUUUCUGACUUCAGAGAGCAGGUUGUCAUUCGUUCAGACUUGCGAUCCACUGAAGGAGUUGAGCUCCUGGACCCAGUGAUCACUUCUUUAAGGACUCUUUGUCAUUUAGAGCCUGAUGGGGGAGGCAGAGAGCUGCGAGUGCGACUGGCUGACUGUCUCCUCCUCAGAGGGGAACACAAAGAGGCUCUCUCCAUCUGUUGCCAACUAGCUGGAGCCCAAGGACAGCAGAGCUAUCAAAACACAGUCCAGGUUCUUCGUGGAUAUGCACGAUUCCUUUCUGAUGACCAUAGAGGGGCAUUGGAAGACUUCCAAGCUGUGAUUGAACACACUACACCUCACCCAUCCAGCUGUGUGAGAGCCCUCUGUGGCAGAGGGCUCUUGCGCAUGGUGGGUGGUUUAAACUACCUCACAGCUCUAGACUAUGUGACAGCCAGCAGGCUCCAUCCCCAGGAAACAGCAUUAACCGUUCGCUGCUUGGUGCCAUGGAACUACCGAGGACUGCUGUGUACGGUUCUGCUGGAGCAGGGUCGAGUUAUGCUGGAGAAGACAGCAGAGCGCCGAUCAAAGACCAGUCCUAAAGAAGACCCCCAACUGCCCCAAAAGGAGGACCAACUGCAGGUUCAGUUGAAGAAAGAAAACAAUAGAUCAGGGACUCCUGCUGGUGUCCAGUCGCUAGCGAUGCUACUGAUGGAGCUCCAAGCUGGUGCUGACGGGCCUCAGAUCCUCGCAGCAGAUGCCUUGUAUCAACUUGGAAGAGUAGAAGAAGCCUACAGGUUAUUACUUUCUGUUGGGACCAUCAAUCCUCGGGGCCCUACCCUAGCUCGCCUUGCUCUUCUGCAGCUGCACAGAGGCUUUCUUUAUGACACCAAUCAGUUGCUUAAAAAGCUAAUCGUGUGUGGUGAUACCAGUUGUCUAAGCAGCCUGUUGGCAGUGGCACAGCAGAAAGAUCGAGCUCUGCUGCAGGGACACUGCCACUCAGCUGCAAAACGCCUCCUGGAUGGCACAAAACAGGAGAGGGCUGUCAGGGAAGCUGUAGCCUAUCUUUCCAUGGCUAUUAUGGCAUCGGGUGGUGAGGCAGCAGACUCCCUGCUGGAGAGAGCGAGGUGCUAUGUGCUGCUGAGCCAACGAAAGACAGCUAUAUUUGAUUUUAGUGCCAUUUUGAAGCAGCAUCCAAAGCAUGUGCACGCUCUCUGUGGAAGAGGCUUCACAUACCUCAUGCUAAAUCAACAAAAGGAAUGUAUUCAUGAUAUCCUGGGGGCACUUCAGAUAAAUGCUGACCCAGUCAUCAAAGACAUCCUGUCACUCAAGGACAGGGCACAGAAGCUGGUCUGUGAUUGGCUUCAUCAGUUCUCCCGUUCCAAUCUCUCAGAAACAUUGAUGAGUAAUUCUGCCCCCUGCCACAAAGAGCAGCUCAGAGAAGCUUUCAUAAUUGGUGAGGCUUUGAUGAGGACUGACAGCAGAAACCCAAGGUGGCAUCUUCUCUAUGUGGACACACUCUUGGCUAAAGGAGACAUUACAAAAGCGAGGUCCCAUCUGUAUCAGGUAUUUGGCCAAGAGCCAAGGGAUGCACUGGCCCAAGCGAGGUUGGGCGUGGUGGAGGCCUGGCAGCAGAACCACCGCAGCGCAGCCCUCAGACUCAGCAAGCUAAUCAAGAAAGAUUCGUCCAGUCUGGACUUCUUGUUGGCCCUGAUCCCAUUCAAUCAACGGAAAUGCAUAGCACAGGCCGCAGCACAGGAAGCCACCAUUGUUUCGUCAGGCAACCACUGGGAUCAGGCCCUCACACUCCUUACUGUGGCUGUACAAGCAGUGGGCAAUCACAAGUUAAACUACCUUCGCCAGCGGGCCGCCUGCUUUGCACAGCUGGCCUUACAUGAGAAGGCCAUAUCUGAGCUGGAUAGAGUUAUCCAGAAACACGGUACACCGGAUUCUAGCCGUUCAGACGACACUAAAAUCUGGGCAGAAGACCUGUGUAGGCGAGGGCGAAGUUUAGUGCUGUGUUCAAGAGAAGAUGCUGCUCUGGAAGACUUCACUCAGGCCCUGGAGCUCCACAAGGACCAGGCCAUUCAGUGUGUGGAGGCGGGUCUGGGGAAGCUGCGUCUGGCCGAGUGCUUCCUGCGAGGAGCUCUGCAGCGCUACGGCGAGCAGAAGCUCGACAAAUGUUGGACCUUGAUCGAAUGUGGUCUCCUUGUGGAUAGUGAGAAUGCAGAGCUGCGCAGACUGAGGGCAAAGGUCAAACGAGAACAGGCUGGCGCCUGCAACGUCAACUAGCAGUGGUAUUGAGAUACCACUGCUACCAAGAUGAAAUCUAAUAAUGUUCUUUUGUAAAAGAAAGAUGACAAUGACAAUUUUCCAAAUUUAAUAGGAUCUUUAAUGGUUCAUGGAAGCGCAAAACAUUGGUUCAUGUU